AUGUCCCCCAAAGCAUUCACCCUAACAUUCCUCGGCGACAUAAUGCUAGCCCGCCUAAUAGACCAACUCCUCCCAAACAGCACCAACACUCCAACAGACGCCCACAACGCCCGAGUCCUCAAAUCCAAAAAUCCCUCUCUAGCAGAAUACACCCAAUCCUCACCAUGGGGCACGACUCUACCCCUCCUCCACUCGACAGACCUCUUACUAAUCAAUCUCGAAACCUCCGCAACAACAACCUCCCAGCAAUGGCCAGAUAAGAAAUACAAUUACCGUACUCACCCGGCUAAUAUACCGGAUGUUCUGCACGUCGCACAUGUCGACUACGCUAGUCUAGCGAAUAAUCAUAUUCUCGAUUAUUGUGAAGAAGGUCUAAUAGAAACGGUAUGGGCAGUUAAAGAGUCGAGGAUCUCAUUUGCCGGAGCUGGUGAAUCGGUUGACGAGGCGUUUAAACCGGCUACGUUGUGGCUUCCGAAUCCGCGUCGGACUCAUAUGCAGGAACAUGAACAUGAACAUGAACAAGAGCAAGCUUCAAGUUCAAGUUCUAAUUACGCCGUUCAUAUUACUCCCCAACCACACGGGCCCGAGUAA